AUGACCUCAACGGGCGUUGAGUUCGCGGCCAAGUCGGCGGCACCGCCGCCGCCAUUCGACGAUAAGAGGCGCAGCGACCCCGAAAAGCGCGGCUACAAUCAAGAGAGCCCUAUCGAGUCCGUGUCCAUUCGCUCCGGCCAGCAACCCAGCGACCACACGCACCGCAAGCUCAAGCCGCGACACAUCCAGCUGAUUGGAAUCGGAGGUACGAUCGGAACAGCGCUGUACGUCCAGAUUGGAAAUGGCUUGCUCAAUGGAGGGCCGGCGAGUUUGUUCCUGGCGUUCACCAUCUGGUGUACGUUCAUUCUUGCGGUAACAUUAUGUAUCGCGGAAAUGGUGACAUAUUUGCCCAUUUCCUCGCCCUUUAUCCGCUUCGCAGGCCGGUAUGUCGAUGAGGCAUUUGGCUUCGCCGCCGGCUGGAACUUCUUCGUCUUCGAGGCGGCACUCGUGCCUUUCGAAAUUGUCGCUUGCAACGUCAUCAUCCACUACUGGAGCGAUGCAGUUCCGGCUGGUGGCAUCAUUUCCAUCGUCAUUGUUCUCUAUGGCCUUAUCAACGUAUUAGCCGUCAAAUGGUACGGCGAGACGGAGUUCUGGGCCGCGAUAGGGAAGGUGCUCCUGAUCAUUGGCCUCAUCUUUUACACGUUCAUUACUAUGCUUGGUGGCAAUCCCCUCGGGGACCGUUUCGGAUUCAGGUACUGGAAUAAUCCCGGCGCAUUUACUGAGCUCUACUAUGAUGGGACGCUGGGACGCUUCCUCGGGUUCCUGCAAUGCUUGAUACAGGCAUCCUUCACCAUUGCUGGUCCGGACUACGUGUCCAUGGCCGCCGGCGAAGCUGAGAACCCGCGCAAGGCGAUGCCGCGAGCGUACAACGCCGUCUUCUACCGACUGACGGCCUUCUUCGUGCUCGGCUCGCUGUGCGUCGGCAUCAACGUGCCGUACAACGACCCGGAGCUGACGGCGGCGUUCAAGGAGAGCAAGCCCGGGGCGGCGGCGUCGCCGUACGUGGUGGCGAUGAACCGGCUGCGGAUCCGGGUGCUGCCCGACAUCGUCAACGCCAUGGUGCUGACGGCGGCCUUCAGCGCGGGCAACAGCUACGUCUACUGCGCGUCGCGGUCGCUGUACGGGCUGGCGCUCGAGGGCAAGGCGCCGCGGGCGCUGACCAAGUGCACCAGGAACGGCGUGCCCAUCUACUGCGUGCUCAUCGUGCUGCUGAUCGCGCUGCUGUCGUUCCUGCAGGUGUCGGAGAACGCCGCUGUCGUGCUCAACUGGUUCGUCAGCCUCGUCACGGCCAGCCAGCUCAUCAACUUCUCCGUCAUGUGCUUCACCUUCUUGCGCUUCAAGGCCGCCCUCGAGGCCCAGGGCAUCAGUCGUGACUCCUUGCCGUACAAGGGCAUCCUGCAGCCAUAUGCUGCCUACUACGGCCUCACGGGGUGCUUUGUUAUGACCUUCGUUGGCGGCUAUACCGUGUUCUUGCCUGGACACUGGGACGUGCCGUCAUUCUUGUUCUGGUACACGAUGAUCGCCGUGUUCCCGAUUCUGUUCGUUUUCUGGAAAUUCUUCAAGAAGACGGAAUUCCGCAAACCGGAGGACGUGGACCUUUUCCAGGAUCUCCCGGAGAUUGAGGAGUAUCACAGGAACUUUAUCGAGACGCCGCCAAAGAACGCAUUCGAGAAGAUCCUGAACGUGCUGUUCAGUUAA